AAUUGCUGCUUCAUUCAGCUGUCGCUCCCGUCUCUCUCCCACACCUCAACACACCCCAGCUUGGCAUUGCUCCGGCGGCACCACCGAAUACCUCACUAGACCAGGGAGCUCUUGACUUCUUCCUCAUCGCAGAGCACGCACACUUCGACGACCCUCUCUCGCACGCCAUCCUUUUCUCCCUAACACCACCACCCGCUUUCAUCCACCCUCACACCGCUACACCGCCGCAAUGGGUGAACCACAGCACCGCGACGUGCGCAACCAUGUGCUCUUCGAAAUCGCUACCGAGGUCGCCAACCGUGUCGGAGGUAUCUACAGCGUGCUGAAGUCGAAAGCACAAGUCACCACCGCAGAAUAUGGCUCCAUGUACACCCUGCUCGGUCCUCUCAACCGCGCUUCGGCCGCCGUCGAGGUCGAAGAAAUCGAGCCAAGAGAUCCCGCCAUGAUCAACACCAUCAAGAGCAUGAAUGACAGGGGAAUCAAGACACUGUACGGAAGAUGGCUGAUUGAUGGUGCUCCUCGUGUGUUGCUCUUCGACACCAGCACGGGUUACUACAAGCUGGACGAGUGGAAGGGCGAUCUUUGGUCGACGGCUGGCAUUCCCAGCCCGCCAGAUGAUCACGAGACGAACGAGGCCAUUGUGUUUGGAUAUCUCAUUGCGUGGUUCUUGGGCGAGUACGUCUACCACGAGAAGGAAAGGGCUGUCAUUGCACAGUUCCACGAGUGGCUGGCCGGUGUUGCUCUCCCCUUGUGUAAGAAGCGCAAGAUUGAUGUGACUACCAUCUUCACCACCCACGCUACCCUUCUCGGACGCUACCUCUGCGCCGGCUCCGUCGAUUUCUACAACAACCUGCAGUACUUUGACGUGGACGCCGAGGCUGGAAAGCGUGGUAUCUACCACCGAUACUGCAUCGAGCGUGGUGCCGCUCACAGCGCUGAUGUGUUCACCACCGUCAGCCAUAUCACGGCAUACGAGAGUGAGCACCUGCUCAAGCGGAAACCUGAUGGCGUCCUUCCCAACGGUCUGAACGUGAAGAAGUUCUCCGCUACCCACGAGUUCCAAAACUUGCACCAGGUCAACAAGGAGCGCAUUACUGAGUUCAUUCGAGGACACUUUUACGGUCACAAUGAUUUCGAUCCCGACAAGACGCUGUACCUCUUCACCGCUGGUCGCUACGAAUACCGGAAUAAGGGCGUGGACAUGUUCAUCGAGUCGCUGGCUCGGUUGAAUCACCGAAUGAAGAGCGCGGGGUCGGAUAUGACAGUCGUUGCAUUCAUCAUCAUGCCCGCGCAAACCACAUCUCUUGCUGUUGAGGCAUUGAAGGGACAGGCUGUGAUCAAAUCUCUGCGCGAUUCCGUUGAUCACAUCGAGAAGAGUGUGGGCAAGAAGCUUUUCGAGAAGGCUCUUGCAUGGCACGAGGGUGCUGAGGUGCCUGACGAGAAGGACCUCAUCACGGCUCAGGACAAGAUCAUGCUGAGGAGACGCCUCUUCGCCAUGAAGCGCAACACUCUUCCACCGAUCGUCACGCACAAUUUGGUCAACGAUGCCGAGGACCCGAUUCUCAACCAGAUCCGUCGCUGCCAGCUUUUCAACCACCCAUCCGAUCGUGUCAAGGUUAUUUUCCACCCCGAGUUCUUGUCCUCCGGCAACCCGGUCCUCCCAAUGGACUACGACGAUUUCGUCCGCGGUACGCAUAUGGGUGUUUUCAGCUCAUACUACGAGCCGUGGGGCUACACUCCCGCCGAGUGUACCGUCAUGGGUGUUCCGUCCAUCACCACCAACUUGUCCGGAUUUGGAUGCUACAUGGAGGAACUGAUCGAAAAUGCUCAAGACUACGGCAUCUACAUCGUCGACCGCAGGAUGAAGGGUGUCGAUGACUCCGUCAAUCAACUCGCGGAGUUCAUGUACCAAUUCACACAAAAGAGCAAGCGUCAACGCAUCAACCAGCGUAAUCGCACGGAGCGAUUGAGCGAUCUGCUCGACUGGAAGAGGAUGGGCAUGGAAUACGUGAAGGCGAGACAAUUGGCUUUGAGGAGAGCGUACCCGGAUAGCUUCGACAGCGCGACGGAUGACGAGCCCGGUUUCUUCGACGGCACCGAGAGCAUGAAGAUUUCGAGGCCUUUGUCUGCGCCUGGUAGCCCGAGGGAGAGAAGCGGCAUGAUGACUCCUGGUGACUUUGCUUCGCUGCAAGAAGGGCGGGAAGGAUUGAGCACGGAGGAUUACAUUGCGUGGAAGUUGCCCGAGGAGGAAGAGCCGGAAGACUACCCCUUCCCACUCACGCUCAAGACGAAAAAGGGCGACGGAUCCGGCGCCACGACACCCACCAUGACUAACGGGAAUGGCAAUGUUGCGUUGCCGGAUCGGGGCGUGUUGGCGAGUGCGAGUACGAUUCAGUAG